AAACGUAAACAAACUUUUGGGAGAUAAAAUUUGAGCCAUUUCUCGGUAUUUGGAGUCGUUUUUGUUGUUUUCGGUGUCAAAAAAGUUCAAAAUUUCCCAAAAAUGACCUCUAAUCACGAGACACCCGACGAAAAUUUCACCUGGACCGAUGCACGUCUCCGCCAACUGAUAUCGCUCGUGAAGCUCGAUCGUCGUCUUUGGCACAACUCCGUGGAAGGAUUUACGGGAAAUCCCGUGAAGCGCGUCGAGCUUUUCGUCGAAAUCGCAAAUCAAAUUGGCACAACAGCCUUCGAGGCGAAUCGGCGGUUCACAACGUUGCGCGAACGCUACGGCAGAGAAAGCAAAAAGCUUCAAAUGGGCAAACAGGACAUCCAAUGGCCCUAUUUCGAGGACAUGAAUUUCCUGAAAGAGGUCAUUCGACGUCGUGACAAACGAAAAAGUGGCGUUCAAACGAUCAAAAAGGAAGAAAUAGACGCAGAGGAGGAACAUUCGCUCGUCGAUGAUCCCCUUUCGGCGGCAGAAUACAUGGAAAUGGUCGACGAAGAGGACAAAAAAGGGAGUUUUCCGCAGGAAAAACGAACUUUUGUGCCAAAAAUGAUGAAUGAAACGCCAGAACCAACGCAAAAUCGAACAGUUUUCUUGAUGACACCCGAAGAGGCGCAAAAAGAAUUGGAUCAAGACGAAGCGGUAGAAGCGGCUUUCAAAUAUUUCACACUUGAACUGCGAAAAAUGGACCAAAUGAAACGCGAAUACUGCAUCGACAAGAUGAUGAUGGCUUUUAUCAACGCAAAAUCAACAUAUCCCCACUAAAAAUCA